AAGUGUAAAAACCUGUUCUGUCGCAUUUUACCCAAUGUCUCUGUUUGCCUGACUUCACCUCACCAGGAUCUACCAGCAUGUUCAGAAUUUUAAUGAAAAAACAUGUCAUUACAAGACUUUUCUUGUUGCUGCUGGGAAGUCUCAUGCUUGUUUACCUCCUUAAGAACACUGAAGUUGUGAGAAAAGAUGACAGUAAAAUUAGACAACCCACCAAAAACAACUCCUAUGUAUUCUCCUGGCUACGAUGUCAACAAAAUAUGUCUGCUGCCAAAAUGACAAACUUCAGCUCUUUUCCUGAUUUUAUGAAGAACUUUCUCUACUACCGACACUGUCGCCAUUUCCCCAUGUUACUGGACCUUCCUGAUAAAUGUGGAGGAGCUGAUAAAUCAGCAGAAGUCUUUCUUCUGCUGGUCAUUAAAAGCUCCCCUGUGAACUAUGACCGUCGAGCGAUACUACGCAAAACCUGGGCUGAAGAGAGGUUACACAAUGGUGUGUGGAUCCGCCGGGUCUUCCUCUCAGGAACAACAGAUUCUGGCUUUGAGAAAGACAGACUGAACAAACUGCUGGAGCUGGAGCAACGUGAGUACAGUGACAUCCUUCAGUGGGACUUUACUGACACGUUCCAAAACCUCACCUUGAAGCAAAUACUCUUCCUGGAAUGGAUGGAAAGAAACUGUCCAAACGUUCGCUUCCUGCUCAACGGUGAUGAUGACGUCUUUGCCAACACAGACCACAUGGUGGAGUACCUCCAAAGUCUCGAGGAUAAUGAUGGAAGCAAGCACCUCUUUACUGGCCACCUCAACAUAAAUAUGGGGCUCGUUAGAGAACCAAACAAGUAUUUUGUCCCAGUUCAGAUAUAUGAGUCAAACAUAUUUCCUCCCUACUGUAGUGGUGGGGGCUUCCUCUUGUCUGGUUAUACAGCUCUGGUCAUAUACAAUAUGUCCCAGUCCAUUGACCUUCUUCCCAUUGAUGAUGCUUACAUGGGAAUGUGUCUGGCCAAAGCAGGACUUGAUCCCACUUCCCAUAUUGCAGUGAAACCACUAGGAUUAAAGAUUCCCUCGAGCAGGCUAGAUGCAUAUGACCCUUGCUUUUAUAAAGAUGUUUUACUGGUACAUGGAUUCUUUUCAGCUCGUAUAUAUUUUAUGUGGCACAGAAUACAUGAUCCUAAUCUAAAAUGUGAGUUGAAGAAAAUGAUUUAGCAGCACUGUAAAAUAAAAUAGGUCCUAGUUUUAACUACCCGAGGCCAAAUAUGCACCAAGACCUUGUGUGCCAUUUUAACUUAAUGACUUAACUCCCAGUAGGACUUUAUACACCACAGCUCCAACAGAUUGUUCACCUGCAACAUUCAGACCGCAGUUAAAGUAAACUGCACAUUUUACUAUGUCUACUCAUGCUGAAAAAUGAAACAUCACUGGGGUAAUUAUUUUUUUGUUAUUGACCCUUAUAGUAGUUGGUUGUUUAUCAUGUGUUACAUGAUUAAUUCACAGACAUGUAGAUUUAAAUCAGUAGAAUAAUUAAAUGUAUAUAUAUAUAAAGUAUGAUGCAUGCCUGUAUGUCAUGAUUAGUUGUUUGCAAAUUUAAAUGAAAGUAGCUAUUCCACAUUAGACGUGUCAUUUUGAUUUGAUUAAAGUUUGACAGGUUAACACAUUUGUUUAAUAUUCUCUGGCUGUUAUGGUGAACUUAGCCUGCACUAUUAUCAGGAUUAAUGAUUAAUGAUGAUGAUUGAGCAAAAGCUGUCACUGCCUUUAUUGGGAAGGAUUGGUUAUAAAUACAUGACCUGACCAUGGCCUGUACACAGUAGCUUUACGCACGUUACACGCUGCACGUACCUCUGAGAGUGGUAAGGUUGCAGGCAUCAAAGUAAACACAAAAUAUGACUGUUUCAGAUUUAUGUUUGCCGCCUUCAAGUUAGGUUAUGACAGCUGUUUCAGCUUCUUAAAUACUUUAUAAUGACACUUUUAAAACAAAUGGCAAAGGUCAUGUGUGGAUAUAAGGUGGAAUAUUUAUUAAAGAGGCUCUGUCUUACAACCUGGCAAACAGGAUGUAAAUGAGCACUGCCCACACUGCUAGCCAUAUGCUGGUAAAAUAUAAAAGAAUAAUAAAUAUUUACAUAUCUAUUUAACUACUUGGAGGCACGCAAAGUUUUCUACUGUUAGUGUUGAAAAUGUAUCAUAGUUGAAAUUAAUUUUGAGGACAGUAAGAAACCUUGUGGUGAACUCUCCAGACAGAUGAGGUCACUUUUAAUCUGAGCUGCUGCCAGAAAACAGAAUCACAAUUUAUCAUUACUAUCACGUUUAUCUUCAAAAAAUGCACACAAUUCUCCAAUGUUUUUUGUUUUGUUCUAAAUGUUUGUCUGAAACAUUAGUAGGCCCAAUUUAGGAACUAAAUCGAUAUUUAAGCAAUAUCACAUGAGAGGGAGUGAUGCUGAUAUUCAGUACUGUUCAGAAGUGUGAUAUUGCUUCUAACAACAGUUCUACAAGCGCCAUCAGUAAUUGUUUGUAGUAGUUCAUUCAUUUUUUCAGUCAUGUUUCAAAGAGUAGAAUUCAGUUAUGUCAAUAAACAUUUGCAACAGCUUGUAAAAUGAUUUAUUUUAUUUGUCACUACAACAGUAUAAAUGCAGAAAGAAAACUCAUGAAAGUAUAUAUUUUCUCUGCACAUUUUUUAUAAAACAAAUGAAAACCUUUAAAUCCUUCCUUCAGUUUCUGAAAUU